AUGGACUCGCUAUGGAGUAUUGUCGUUACCAUACGUGAUAUUGCCCUUAAGCGCACCGUUGGCACUGAUCAUCUCCAUAAAGCUGCCGCCGAAGUUUUGGACGAACGCAAAGAUGUCAUCCGAAGAGCUUUGAACAAGAAGGUUCUUGUGCCAGAUAUUCUGGCUCUCAUGCCUGAGUGGCCAAGCGAAUUCCAACCAGACAUCGACGAGGUCAACUUGGAAAUCGAUGAGUGGUUAAAAACUGUCAAAGUCGCGGAAGAGAAAAAGGCAAAACACCGGGCUCGAGGCAACUAUACACUUCUGGCGGGUAUUUAUUAUCCCCACUGCAAGAAGGACAAGUUGUUGGUACUGUCUCAGUUCCUUUAUUGGAUAUUCUUUUGGGAUGAUGAGAUUGAUACUGGUGGAGAACUUACCCACGACAGGCAAGGCACGCUUCAGUGUUGUGCUGAGACGAACAAAUGUAUUGAUGAUUGCCUUGGUCCCAACCCCAAUUACAGCCCACCCCCAGGUUCCCGCGGUACCGUGGAGAUGUUCUACCCCAUCCUAAGAGACCUUCGGAGUGGUCUAGGACCUGUUUCCACCGAGCGACUAAGACAGGAGCUCCACGACUACGUGAAUGGGGCAGCCAACCAACAGGGAGUGCGGGAAGAGGACCACCUCCCUGACCCUUGGGUUCACUUUCAAAUGAGAGCGGAUGAUGUUGGCGUCAUACCCAGCAUUACGCAGAAUGAGUAUGCCAUGGAAUUCGAGCUUCCAGAAUGGAUUCGGAGGCAUGAGGCAAUGGAAGAGAUUGUGCUGGAAUGCACCAAGUUGACUAUCCUGCUUAACGAGGUCUUGUCCCUGCAGAAGGAAUUUCGUGUCUCUCAACUAGAAAACCUCUGUUUGCUUUUCAUGAACACUGACAACGUGUCCAUUGAGGAGGCAAUAGACAAGAUACUUGGCCUAUUGCAAGAACAUUAUGAAAUUUGUGUUGCUGCCGAGGCUAGGCUUCCGUGGAGUGAGACGGACGAAAAGUUGAACGAAGAUAUUCGGGAAUACGUCCGAGGUGCAAACAGAUUGGCCACUGGCACCGCGUGUUGGAGCUACAACUGCGAGAGGUACUUCAAGCUGAGCCAGGUCAAUGAGAAGCGGGAGUUGCUGUUGGACCUCUCUUACCGUUAG